CCAACUGCCAUUACUUGCAGGAGAUGUACCUGAAUGGAGCGCGUGUGACCACCUCAGUAGAAAUCACAGAUUCAGGGAGGAUGUUCAGUUCUGGACCCCUGGAUUUGUACUUCUUGAAUCUUCCAUAAAAUCAAAAGUCUCUUUAAAGUCUUUAUUAAAGCUUGGAACUCUUUCAUAUCACUAUCCACGGUUCCCAGAGAUAUUCUUCCAGUCAGGCAUGAUGCGUUGGUUUACAUUGAUUCUGUUGACUUGUACGUCAAUGGUUGGACAUUACGCCUUAGCAGCAAAUGAUGUCUGUACAUCAAAAGGUCUUAAGUGCCACAAAGAUGCCGACUGCUUGAGCACCAUUGGUGGGGAUUAUUUCUGCAUUUGCAAAGCUGGAUAUUCUGGUAAUGGAGAAACAUGUGCUGACAUAAAUGAAUGCUCCACCUCGCUGCAUCAGUGCCACCAACAAGCCACAUGUAUGAACACCCUUGGUAGUUACUUGUGCCAGUGCAGGUCCGGCUAUACCGGAGGUGGCUUUAAUUGUUCAGACAUUAAUGAAUGUGCCAACAAUAAUGGUGGGUGCCACCCUGAUGCAGUUUGCACCAACACGCCCGGAGACAGGAUUUGCCAAUGCAAAACGGGAUACACAGGGAAUGGACUAAAUUGCACAGAUAUAGAUGAGUGUAGAAGAGCUGGUUUAUGCCACUGGAAUGCCACCUGUUUCAACAAUCCUGGGUCGUAUGUUUGCACUUGUAAUAGUGGGUUCAAAGGCAAUGGUAACUAUCUAUGCCUAGAUAUAGACGAAUGCACAGAGACCCCUGGGGUUUGCUCCCGUGCUUUUGGAUUCACUGGGUGCAGAAACCUACCAGGAUCCUACCAAUGUACAUGCUCUUCAGGGUAUCAAAAUACAGACAACAGGUGUGUGGAUAUUGAUGAAUGUGCCAACCGCAUAUGCAGUCCAUUUUCUACUUGCACUAAUUCGCCAGGGUCUUAUAGAUGCAGUUGUUUGGAUGGUUUUAAUGGAAACGGCUUGACUUGUGUAGACAUCAAUGAAUGUGUGACGGCCAACAAAUGCCACCCACAGGCCAUCUGCAGCAAUUUCCUGGGCAGUUAUAACUGUACAUGCAAACGAGGGUUCUUUGGUAAUGGACUUGCCUGUUCUGAUAUAAAUGAAUGUCUACAAGAUAACACAUGUCCCAGUGAGUCCACCUGUCGCAACACCGAAGGAUCUUUCCAGUGUGACUGUCCCUCAGGCUACAUGUUAAAUCAGAGCCGCUGUGUUGAUAUAGACGAAUGCAGCAUUGGGACCUGCAGUCAAGACGCCUCUUGCCAGAAUUUCCCAGGAGGCUUUAGAUGUUCAUGCAAAAAUGGUUUUACAGGAGAUGGAAUAACCUGUACAGACAUAAAUGAAUGUGUGCAAAACAAUGGAGGGUGCCAUGACAAGGCCAUUUGUACCAACCUCCCUGGAUCUCUCUCUUGCGCUUGUUCCAGUGGAUUUUCUGGUGACGGAGCCAGACAAUGCACGGAUAUUGAUGAAUGUGCCAAGAAUAAUGGCAAUUGCCUGUAUGGAGCAGCCUGUCUGAACACACCUGGGUCUUAUCGGUGUCUUUGUGCCAAUGGUUUUCAAGCUAUUAACAAUACGUCAUGCCAAGACGUCGAUGAAUGCAAGACGGUGGCUGGGGUCUGCCAACUCAAUGCCCAGUGCUUUAAUACUUUUGGGUCAUUCUAUUGCGAAUGUAGAUCUGGAUUCAGUAAUAACAAUGGACUUAGCUGUAAUGACAUCAAUGAGUGUCUGAGCAGCCCUUGCCAUGCACAGGCUACAUGUACUAAUAGAUUUGGUGCGUAUGACUGCAGCUGUAACAAAGGGUUUGAAGGAAAUGGCUAUAACUGCUCUGAUAUUAAUGAAUGCAGAAACCCAUUAACUUGCCAUGAAUACGCUUUGUGUUCUAACUUUCCAGGGAGUUAUAAAUGUCAGUGUUUUCUUGGGUUUACUGGUGAUGGAUUUCUAUGUGAAGACAUCAAUGAAUGUUCUGAAAGUAAUCACACGUGUAUGGAAGGCACCGUAUGUAUCAACUCACUGGGGUCCUAUGUCUGCUCCUGUCUGAAUGGGACCCUAGCCCUCAAUGGCAGCUGUGUUCGGCCAUCUUCAGCUUGCAAGCCAUCUUGCCACCCUAAGGCUCUUUGCCAUAAUACAGUCAUGGGAUACAAGUGCGCAUGUGAUGUUGGAUUUCAAGGCAAUGGUGAAGAUUGUGAAGAUGUCGAUGAAUGCCUAGAAGAUGUGUGCAAAGAUAACACGACAAUCUGUGUGAACACCGUGGGGUCAUAUAUGUGCAUCUGUAAGCCAGGCUUCAGGUUUAACAACUCUCAGUGCUCAGACAUAGAUGAAUGCGCCACUGACAACCACAACUGCCACGCCAUGGCUGACUGUUACAAUACAUUUGGUGGAUACGAAUGCAAGUGUAGAAAUGGAUAUCAAGGGAAUGGAGUAAAUUGUACAGACAUUGAUGAAUGCCAGACACUUAAUGGAGGAUGUCACCUGAAAGCUACCUGCACAAACAGGCCUGGAGGCUACAACUGCUCAUGUCUGGAAGGUUUCAUGGGAGAUGGCAAGGAAUGCUGGGACAUUGACGAAUGCCAGGACUAUAUGAGCUUCUGCAGUAAUUUUUCGCAAUGUACCAACACUGCAGGUUCCUACCAUUGCGCCUGUAUGGAUGGAUAUGAAGGGGACGGUUUCACCUGCUUUGAUAUAAAUGAAUGUUUGGAAGAACAUGUUUGUGGUAACAACUCCUACUGCGGGAACACUUUCGGCUCUUAUAUCUGUAGUUGCCAAGAAGGAUUUGUAUAUGCACAUGGCAUCUGUACAGAUCAGGAUGAAUGCCUCAACCAGACCCUUUGCCAUGCAAAUGCCAGGUGCAUUAAUACACAUGGUUCAUUUCAAUGCCGUUGUCAAACUGGUUUUAUUGGAAAUGGUACAGAAUGUGUAGAUAUCAAUGAGUGCGACCUAGGGCCCUCUUCCUGUCCUGAGAAUUCGACUUGCUUUAACAGUGCUGGCUCAUACCAUUGCUCAUGCUGGGAAGGUUACGAGUCCAAUGGAACAACCUGUAAUGACAUAGAUGAAUGCCUAAAUCCUACUACCUGCCCUCUUUAUAGCUUGUGCACUAACAACCUUGGCUCGUAUUCUUGUAACUGUUCUGAGGGCUAUACUGGAAACGGCUCAUAUUGUGAAGAUGUAGAUGAAUGCAUGCAGGAGAAUGUAACAGGCAUUUGUCACAAUAGUUCUCAGUGCGUCAACACAAUAGGAUCCUACGUAUGUCAAUGCGAUGUAGGCUUUUACUAUAGCGAAGAUACCUGCAGAGACCUUGAUGAAUGUGCACUGGGUAUAUCAAAUUGCAGCCUAAAUUACAUAUGCAUUAAUACUGUUGGGAACUACACCUGCCAGUGCAAGAAAGGUUUUCUCAGCAAUGGUACUAGUUGUAUAGACAUUGAUGAAUGUCUGUCCAACCAAACGGUAUGUGGUAAAGAGGCCUCCUGUACUAACACACCAGGAUUAUAUAAUUGUACGUGUCAUCCUGGAUUCACCGGGAAUGGGGAGACGUGUGAGGACGUCGAUGAGUGUCUCAAUAGCUCAGCUUGUCCUGCCCACAUGGUAUGUAGCAACACACCGGGUUCUUUCCAUUGUGUAUGUGACAAAGGAUACACAUCCCAAGGCGAUUCCUGUGUAGAUAUCAAUGAAUGCCUAAACAAAACACUCCAUUGUGACUCCUCCGCCAUUUGUGUAAAUGUUCCAGGUUCAUAUCAUUGCACCUGUCCCCCGGGGUACGCUCAAAAAGCCAACGCAUGUGUUGACCUAGAUGAAUGUACUAUGGCUGCAAACAUUUGUCCCAGACAAGCUGUAUGUGUGAACACCCCGGGAUCCUACUUCUGUAGGUGCGCUGAAGGCUUUGUGUCCAGUGGAGGAAUCUGCACAGAUAUUAAUGAAUGCAUGGUGGGAAACAGUGUUUGUCAUCCACAAGCCCUCUGCAAAAACACAAUAGGAAGUUUCAGCUGCAAAUGCAAACCUGGAUUUCGAGGCGAUGGACAGAUCUGUGAAGAUAUUGAUGAAUGUGGCUUAUCUGAUGUUUGCGGGAAAAAUUCCUCUUGCAUCAACCUCCCAGGAUCAUAUGAGUGCAGUUGUCAAAAUGGCAGCUGUCGGGACAGUAUAGACAAUGAAAUGUUACUGUAUCCAUUUGGAAACGAUGUGGGUGACAAAAAAGUUGUUGCACUAGGCAAAGAUGCAAAUUCUCCAUACAUCAUACCAUCUAUGGGAUUCCCUUUUUUUGGGCAGACAUAUCACAAAAUCUAUUUUUCAGACAAUGGGCUGGUCCAGAUGCAGCAUGUGAACGUCAAUGAGAAAUAUUUGUUUCCCAAUCCCUUUGAAAUGCGGUUUCGAGGAGAUGAGAAGGUAUCCAUGCUUGCGGUCUUCUGGGAUGAUGCAGACCUCACACUGGGAAAUGGGACCUUGUGGUAUCAGGUAUAUUCUGAGAUAGAUCAGAAAAACUUCUACUCACAAAUAGUGUUCAACAGAACCAAUGAAGAAGUGAACAGUUAUUUCCGUAAGAAUCUUACUGCCAACUAUACCUCAAAAUGGAUCCUGAAGAUAACAUGGGAUCAAGUGUUACCAGUGUCCUUCCAAAAAGUCGCCUUUAAUGAGACUAAUACAUUCCAGUGUGUGCUGACCACUGAUGGAACAUUGUCUUUUGCCUUAAUAAAAUACUAUAACAUGUCAUGGUAUGCUGCACAAAGAGUAUAUCAUCGAGCAUUGAUUGGAUACACCAAUGGAGAAGGAAUCUACCUCAAUGAUCCUCAUGCACUUAAGAACAAUACCUAUGGGUCAGGAGGGGUAUAUCGCCCGCAUAUGGUUCUGGGAAACACCAAUAAAAUGGGUGUUUGGGCCUACCGGUUAGAUACUCCAUCCAAUCCCAACAUGACCAACUACCAAAGCAAGUGCUGGAGUUGGUAUUAUUCUGAACCAGACAGUUCCUCAUGGGAUGCUGGAUUGCCAUCAUGUCCGUGCCUCCAAUCCCAAGCUGCUAAAGAUUACACAUUUAUUCCUGAGAUCCUUUCAUCCACCAGCAAAGACCUUGUUUUGGCUUUAAGGAGACUGCAAAGUAACGGAACAACGUUUCAGUCUACGCUGCCAAAUCAGUACACUGCCGGACGUAGGUGUGUGUAUGAUGCAGAUGGAUACCUGAGAUAUGGCUUUACUGACCGAUACUUUGUAUAUGACACCAAUGUUAAUGGGAUUCAAGAACACAUAAAUAAAGAUUUGCUGCCUUUCCAGUGGUGUUGUAUAAAAUCCCAUUUAUGCCAUUUGUAUUACCAAAGGAGGCCUCUUGAUACUUGCAAUGACUAUUCUUCUCCGGGCCUUGGUCUAGUUUAUGGAACUUUGCACUUCUUAAUGUUUGAUGGACAAGAAUAUACCUUCAAAGGUCUGGGAGAAUUUGUCAUUGUCAGGCUGUCAUCUGCCAUGGGAGCCAAUGUUUUCACCCUUCAGGGUCAGACUGAGAGACUGCAAACAGAGAGCGGAAAUGCUAACAGCACAGCACUUGUACGAGUAGCGGCUUUCUACCAGGGCACCCUAAAGAUACAAUGGGAAAUUUCAGACAGUAGAAAAGAUUUAAAUGUCUUUGUGCACGACAAACUGGUGGAAUUCCAGAGAGACAUAAUAUACUUUAGCCAAAAUAGCUUUGCUGUACUAAAGCUGGAAGACAAGAGGAUUGCGGUGGUAUACAGCUGUGGUCUGCAGGUGUCCGUGGGUUUGAGUGAAGGAGGUAUUUUACAAGUACUGGUGAACAUACCCCAAACGUUCCUGUACAAAACACUUGGCCUUCUGGGACACUGGAGCACUAAGAAAUCAGAUGAUUUCACCCAUUCGAAUGGAUAUGUAUUGUCUUACCAAGAAGGCAGCGUGCCAGCCGAAGAAAUCCUGUAUAAUUUUGGGCUGUCAUGGAUUGUACCAUCUCCAGAAAGUCUUUUUGGAUCCAGACAAAGUGUGGACAUUUGGAAAGCCUUCAAACCAACCUUUACGUCGGCCAUAUUGACGCUGGUGUCACCAACACUUCUUCUUGCAGCCAAUGACACCUGUGCGGGUUCGCUGCUGUGCGUGCAUGACUACCUCCUGGCCAACAGUAGCGCUGUGGGACUCCAGACCAGAAAAGACUUUAAUGACUUUAAACAACUGGCCACUGUCUAUGGUAAUGGUGCCCCGCGGAUGCUGGGACCUGUGGUGCUACAGAUUAAAGUAAAUACUACCUUCAAGACUACAUUUGAGGCAACCGAUCCUAAUAAUGACCCAAUUUCCUUUUCACUUGUGAAGCCUAUUCCAGCAGGAGCCUUCAUCACAUUCAAUGGUCAGUUUACAUGGACUUUCCAGGAUGUGGGUCCUAUACAGCUCAUACUGCAAGUGAAUGAUCAACUCUCUGGUUCCAUAUUUAUACCAAUCCUACAAGUCUGCAAAUGCGCCAAUGGUGGAACAUGUGAUAACAAUAUCAUCAUUGAGAACUAUUUUGAAAGCAAAUAUCAGGUCCUUGGCUGUAUAUGUCCAGACGGCUUCUCAGGACCAUUUUGUUCAAGUCAAUCAAAACCUUGUCAAGGAGAACCAUGUUUCCCUGGGGUGGCUUGCCUAAAUCAAAAGACCGGAUCCCAAUAUGUGUGUAGUACGUGCCCAGCUGGAACCGUCGCCAACGGUAUAGAUGGAGAGAAAUGCUUUCUAAAUGAUCUUUGCUUGCCUCCGUAUCCUUUCCCUUGUCAUGAAAAUGCCGAUUGCACCAGAUCUAACAAUUCAUACACGUGCAGUUGCAAACAAGGAUUUUCCGGCAAUGGCAAAAAUUGCUCAGAUAUUAAUGAGUGCCAGAGCUUGUACGCAUGUCCAAAUGCCAAAUUCGAAUGCAUCAAUACCCCAGGCUCGUACAGAUGCUCGUGUCUCUACAAAGGUGUUGAGGACUCACAAUGUGGUAAUUCAGCGAAUCCACCAGGCUGGAAUAUAUUUAAUUGCACGGUGAAUUGGACAACACAAAGUGUUACUCCAGGGCAACAGUUGACCAAACAAUUAGAAAAAAGGCUUAAGGAUAUUUUAUCACUUGGCUUCGACAACAAGUUCUACAAUCUACAGUUCAAGAAUUUAACCAAGCCAGGAUUAUAUGAAUACAGGAUCAAUGUCUCCAGCGACACACCACACUGGUUUCUUAAGGAUUAUUUAGCUCGGGUGCAAACCUACUAUCAGUUCAACUUGUCAUCGGUAGAAGAUGUAGAUGAAUGUGCUGCCAAUGAACAUAAGUGCAGCAACACCUCGCUGUGUGAAAAUACAUAUGGAGGGCACAGAUGUGUCUGUAAUUCUAGUAUAAAGCUGGAAGGGAACGACUGUGCAACUGUUUCUAGGACUGAAGAGGCGUUGACUGAAAUAAAUAUUGAGGAAAAGAGCAACCUAAUCCUGGGCCUAGUGCUGGGCUUCGGAAUACCACUAGUCGUGAUCUUACUGCUUUUUAUCUACUGCCUCUUUUUUAAGAAGAAAAGUGGAGAAGCCAUCAUUGCCUCGGCACCAGAUGAAAGCAUGAUGCCUCAACAGAACUUCUGUGGCCCCCCGAUUGUCUGCCCUGAGCCAAUGUAUUUCUACAAGGUGCACACUCUACCUCCAGUUCCACCAUAUGCAAAUAGAUGAUGAAGAACAAUACAGUUAAGAGAAGAGCGCCAGGUGAUGAAUGAAUACAAAACAACUAUAACUUUAUUAUAUACCUCCAGCAGUGCAUCACCUGUAGGGAAGAGUAGUCAUUCUAAGGGUGAGCAUAUUCUCUACAGUAUACAGUAUAUCAAUGUUAGUGCUUCAUUCACUAGAGUGACAUAAAGGGAUUAUAAUAAUGUUAUAACUAAACUGCGCCAAAGGCUUGUUUGUCGGAUACCACAAUUCAGCCCUUAAAGGGGGUACACUGCUGCUCAGCAUUUGAAACAAAUUGUUCCAAAUGCUGUAGCCGGCGC